AUGGAUAAAAGGUUUCACACAACCAAACGAGAAAGCUUUGAUCCAAAGAUUGAAGUUUUCUUGUGCAGGGUGUUGUUGAAUACCUCAAGCUAUCAUUCCAUCGAAACAUUGACUGGAACAAACUACUCCAAGUGGAAACAAGAUCUGGCGAUAUCUCUAGGAUUAUUGGAUUAUGACUAUGUUCUCAAGGAAACUCCUCUUCAAGCACUUGCCACUGAUGCUUAUGCAAAAAUCAAGGCUCGGUAUGUCAAAUGGGAAAAAGCUAACAGGAUGACCAUGUUAAUCAUGCAGAGGUCUAUGACAUCUUCUGUCAAAGGCAGCAUUUCAAAAACUGAAAGUGCAAAGGAGUAUUAUGAGUUCAUAGCUCAGAGGUUCAAAGUUUCUGAAAAAUCUACCAAGAGCUCACUACUGAACAAACUGACUGACAUGAAGUAUGAUGUAGGAUAUGGGUGA